AUGGCUCGUAGAGUAGAUUGGUGGAUACGACAAGCGUACCUCGGUAUCAUUCCGUCGUAUCCUUUAGGAUAUCUGCUAGUUCACGGGUUUCGCGGUGAUCAUCCCAUCUGUAAAGCAUAUGUAGAGAGGAGCGCUUCUCCGCCUUCAGACCAUUUAAAAGAAUUGGUCGAGUCGGAAAUGGAUAAAAUGGACAAUAUCAAAGUACCAAAAGUACGAGUAAGCUUGACAGACGCGAGUGAGCCCCUCGUAUAUGGAUGCUUUUUCCUUCAAUCAGGAGUUGAACUACAAUUUCCUGUGCGAUUAUCAUUAGACGAUGUGGAACAGGCACGCCGUUUAGCUCAAAACGUUGAACUUGACUUAGGCCUAGCCAGACAUCGGCGGAAAAUCGAAUUGAACUCAAAAGUUGGCGAGGAGCUGACGUCGCGUAUGAUGUUAUCCGAUGCAGCAAAGAUGUUUAUUGUUCAGCGACAACUUCAACUUGCUAACAAUGGACUCCUCUUCAGUCUACCGAUGUUAGGUUGGUUUGGAAUAGUUGGUGCUGGAUAUGGCAUUGCUAUUGGUAUUGCAAGAGUUGUUGGAAUAGCGGCUGGCUCCCUUAUAGGACUGUUGAUCAGCGCAGGCACCUUCAGUCAAUUUCUUAAGAACUUGAACGCGUACAAAGUGAAGUGGGCUGAUGAGAAAACUGUAGAGAUAGGUAAAGAUUAUUUGCAAGGAGCCCGUGACUAUUUUGAAUCCACAAUGAAAUUCAAUCGAUUGCUACGUUUGUUACUAGGGGAAGAAGGAGAGCGAAAUAUCUUGAAGAAUGGAGAUACACGUUUCGACCCAAUUCUAUUAUCAGCAAGGUUGAAAAACGUUAAUACUCACUGGAAGUUGAAGACCGAAACACCAAAAGUGGACGAUCUAGCAAAGUUUUAUUCAUAG